AUGAAUGAAGAAGAUUUUAAUCAAGAUUUUGAAUUUGAUGGACCAAUGGAAGAAAAGAAAAAACCAAAAUCCAAAAAAAAGAAUAAAUCAAACGGAUUUCAAUCAUUUGGAUUAUCAUCACCUGUAUUCAAAGCGAUUAUGAAACGUGGUUAUAAAGUUCCAACACCAAUUCAACGUAAAGCAAUUCCGGUAAUCUUAAAAAAUAAAGAUGUUGUGGCAAUGGCACGUACUGGUAGUGGAAAAACGGCUGCUUUUCUUAUACCAAUGUUUGAAAAACUAAAAGGGCAUGAUCCAAAUUCCGGUCCACGUGCGCUUAUUCUAUCACCCACUCGUGAAUUAGCUUUACAAACACUUAAAUUUACAAACCAAAUUGGAAAUUUAACUGAUCUCAUAGCAACAGCUAUUCUUGGUGGUGAAAAACUUGAAGAACAAUUUAGUAAUUUACAUGCUCAUCCGGACAUAAUUAUUGCAACACCUGGUCGUUUUAUGCAUUUAUGUAUUGAAAUGGAUCUUAAAUUAAAUGAUGUUAAAUAUGUUGUUUUCGAUGAAGCAGAUCGUUUAUUUGAAAUGGGUUUUCAAGAACAAAUCAAUGAUAUAGUAAAGCGUUUACCGUCUCAACGCCAAACAUUGUUAUUUUCAGCUACAUUAUCAAAAAUUCUUGCCGAAUUUGCUAAAGCAGGUCUUUAUGAACCGGAAUUAAUUCGUCUUGAUGUUGAAAUGAAAUUAAAUGAAAAUUUAAAGUUAUUAUUUUUUCAUUUACGUCAUGAUGAUAAAACAGCAUUACUAUUAUAUGCACUUCGUUCAAUAAUACCAAUUGAUCAACAAAUUGUUGUAUUUGUUGCAACACGUCAUCAUUGUGAAUAUUUAAAAGAAUUACUUGAACAACAGCAACAACAAAAUUUAUUUUCAUCUGUUACAAUUUAUUCAACACUUGAUCAUUCAACAAGAAAAAUAAAUCUUUCGAAAUAUCAAACGGGCAAAGCACGUGUAUUAAUUGUAACAGAUAUAGCUGCACGAGGAUUAGAUAUACCGUCACUUGAUAAUGUUAUUAAUUAUCAUUUUCCUGCAACACCAAAAUUAUUUCUUCAUCGUGUUGGUCGUGUUGCACGUGCUGGACGAAUGGGUACAGCUUAUUCAUUUAUAUCAACAGAUGAACUAUCAUAUUUAUUUGAUGUACAAGAAUUUAUUGGUAAAACAAUAACAUAUGCAACAAAUGAUGAAAAUGAUAAUGAUUAUCAUUUAAUAUUUGGUAAUGUACCACAAGCAAUAAUUGAUGAAGAAUCUGAAACAAUAAGAAAAUUAACUGAAACAAAUAUUGAUUUAAUUAAUCUAUUUCAAGUACACCAAAAUGCAUAUCUACAUUAUUUAAGAUCACGACCACCAUCAACAUAUGCAUCAAUUAAACAAAUGAAACAAUAUCAUAAUCAAAUAAGUAAUAUGGCUAUACAUCCAGUUUUUAAACAACUUUAUACAGCUGAAGAUUUAACACCAAAUGCACUUAUACAACAAUUAAAAUCAUUUCGUGCGAAGAAUACAAUCUUCGAAGUAAAUCCAUCUUCAGGCAAUACAGCAUGUGCAAUUAUGAAACGAAAACGAGCUCAUGAUGAAAAACUUAUUCUUAAACAUGAUAACAAAGAUCUAUCAUUACCAGAUAACAAUAAUGAUGAUCAAACAAAAACACUUGAGGUUGAUAAUUUGACAAUAACCAUUCAAGAUCCAAAUGAAUUAGGUGAUAAUAAUAUGGAAUCACCAUAUAAGAAGAAGAAAAAAAAUCGACGAGAAGUUGAUAAAGAAUUUUUUAUUCCCUAUCAACCAGCUGAUUUUAAACGAGAAAAAGGUUUGGAAAUUCAAUCAUUUGAGCGUCAAAGUAAUGAAGCUGUUAUGGAUUUAACAAAUGAUGACGGUACUCAAACACGAGGUCCAACUAUACAAAAAACUAAAUGGGAUCGAAAAAAGAAAAAAUUUGUUACUGUUGGUCAAAAUGAUGCGAAAACAAAAAAAGUUAAAACAGAAAGUGGUCAAUGGAUUCAAGCAUCUUAUAAAACUAAUGUUUACAAAAAAUGGCUUAAUAAAUCAAAAGUAUUCGACAAAGAAUUACCCGAUAGUCGUCGAAAUAAAUCUGAAGGUCAUAUACAUGAUGAUGAAACCUCUAGUGCACAAGCUAAACCACGACAAUUUCAACAACGUGUACAACAAUUAAUGAAUCGACAAAAGUCUCAGUUAAAGGCUAAAGGACAACCAAUGCCAAGCCAUUCCGAACUGAAAAAACCUGAGCAAAUCAUUAAAAAACGUACUGAACAACGUAAACGACAAUCACUACAACGUGUACGUCAAAUGCGUAAAGGUGGUCGAACGAAUUAUAAGAAUAAAAGACAUAGUAAUAAACCAAAACAUGCUAUACGUUCAUCUGCGAAUACAAAUAAUUCAUCGAAAAGAACUAGAAAGAAAUAA